UCCCGUUCUCACUCCAUCCCUCUCUCUCUUACUCUCUCACUUUCUCUCUGUACAGACGCAAGUCAAGAAGAUAGAGAUAGAGAGAAGAUGUUGUUAGGGAAGCGUCCACGACCUCCGAUGAGAAGAACAACGAGCAUGACGGGGAUCAACGUUGAUCUUCCCAACAACGUGGAGCGACAAGAACCAUCGUCCGAUCAUGGUGAUGGUGCAUAUAUGGGAUUGAUGGCGAUGGUGUCACCGAGAGUAAACCUACAGAGGAGAAACUCCAGUGAUUUCGCCGAGACUUCACACUUCUUGAGAACUUGUGGUCUUUGUAAACGCCGCCUCACACCUGGCCGUGACAUUUACAUGUAUAGGGGGGACACAGCGUUUUGUAGUUUGGAGUGCAGAGAACAGCAGAUGAAGCAAGACGAGAGAAAAGAGACUAGUGGACAUGCAUCACCAUCUACUAGUAAUAAGAGCGACACCAUAUAUCGAAGCUGCAUCGCUCAUACUUAAUUUGCAUUGGAGAUGAGAUUGUGCAACAAGAAAAAUAAAUGUAUAUUGGGAGAGUCAAAGAGACACAUUAUAUUCCAAAGCAAACACCAUUUCCUCCAUUAAUUAUUGUCCCACUAUAUAUAUAUAUAUAUUGAUGUGAAAAAACAGUAGUGGGUGGUGCUGGUAUUAUGUGUAUGGAGGUGGGGUAAAUUAAUUAAAUGAUCACAAUCUCUCUUAAUUUUGUUGUACCAAGUAUGGACAAUCCAUUCAAUCUAUCUAUCUAUCUUCUCAA